AUGCGUCGGAAGAACUAUAGUCUGUUUUUGCGUUUCGAACUAUAGCUAUUUCCAUCGGAAUCCGAUAAUAUUUGGGUUCAAAAUCGCCGCCACGUGUGUCCGUCCUCGUGGCGCGGUUCCAAUUCGAUAAGACAACAAAAGUCGGCGGGAAAAGCCGCGGUUCACGUUCAGCUAUCCAUCUCUCAACAUGUUGCAGAGAGGGACGAAAGGAUUGCGACAGGCUCGCCUCGGGCCAGCCAGCUGACGCGAGUGAGCCGAGAGUCAGACGACGGGAGUCGUGCGGAGGGCGGCCAGAGACGCAGGUCCAUCGAUCGGGUUUCCCGAAGGCGGCAGCAGCAGCCAGCGGCGCCUCCGGGGCUCACGUUUUCCGUCUUUUAUCUGGGAAAACUUUCUUCUCGUUUUUCUUCAAAUCAAUAGUCAAAGCACGGUUCUUUUGAUAGCACGGUCGUUUUUUUGAUGCUCUUGACAAGUGAAGAAGUUUUGAUAAAUUUGAUUUUUUUUUUCUCACGGAAAAUUUCUCCUUGUUCGCUCAUUUCAUGUGGGAAGUUUCAUGCAUUCGGCCUCAAAAAACAUGAAAUUUUUGUUUUUUUUUUCUCUUUUUUUUCUCAUUGUUCAUCAUGGCGCUCUUUUUUUUUUACUUUACUACAAGAGUUCUACUCCAUCCACGUUCGAAUUUUUUCUAAGUACUGUGAAAAGUUACUGGAAAAUCGGUUUUCAUUUUUUUCUUCAACUUUUUAGGUACAAUUGUCCAUUUUUUCUUCGUCAACGAAAAUCAGAAAAAUAAUUAGCAAGUUUUUCAACAAUUCAUUCAAAUCAUUUUUUACCGGUUUCCCAUUUGACAGUCAUGUGUCAGUAAUUAAAGUUAUUUAAAAUUCCUCUGAAAAAAAUGAAGAAAAAAAGAUUAUGUAGAAGUUUCACGUCCCUUUCUUAUGGCGCUUUUUCCCAAUCGAAAGAAAACGAUCGUUUUCUAACAAUCUCUGUUCUCUCUUUCCUAUCUGAACGUUUCCAGUAGUCCUUGCUGGAGUCCACGGAUUCUGGUACUUGACCAGAAGAUGGUGGAACUCUGCGAGCUGCGAAUGCUGCCCGACGGCGACGACUGGCCCGCCGACAUCGACUCGCGGAUCGCCGCUCUCAACUUCGGCGGCGACUCGGUGCUCUUCGAGAGCUUCGACCCGUCGGUCAGCACCGAUUCGCUGGAUUCGCAGCAGCUCCGCGAACGAUGCCAGCCUCGCAAGGACGACUUCCAGCUCGCCUUCGCCGAUUCCGGCCAUUGGCAGGUACUGUUUCAUUGAUUUUGAAACAACUGAUAACCUUUUUCCAAGGACCUUGAACGUUUUUUUGAAAUUUUUAACUUUCCUGGUUCUCUUCCUCCACGCCACAGAUCUGUCUGUGAGCGAACAAUACACAUUUCGUUUUUUUUUAAAUUGAUUUUCUCUGUCAUGAAGUUAAUGUUGUUUCCUUUAUUCGUUGAUUGAUUGAAAUAUAUUGGUUCUAAACAAGAAUAAUUCCGAUUCCAAAAAAAAAAGAAACAUUUUUCGCGUAACAGCAUUAUUUCGAGAAGAGCCUUGAAAAGCCUUUUCGUGUAUUUUUUUAUCCUGGGUUUAUUUUUUAAGUAGACUCUUCAGAAUUUUUAAUAAGUUUUUCUUCUCGCUCAAGUAAAAUAGCUAUUUCACCAUUUGUCCAGCUUCUUUUUUUCUCGGAUCUUUUCUUCCAUCAGCCUUUUUAAACAGACUCAAUAAAAAAAUCCAUCGAUAAAAAAACGCGAAGAAUCUCUUUUUAAUCGAUUUUUUUCGAUCAAAUUCACCCACAUUCUUGUUUCAACCAGUUUUUUUCGAUUUUUUUAUUAUUUCACAGUUUUUUUCAAUUUCUUCUAGUCGAAGUUUUGCGAUUCUUUUAAUUGCCGUAAAGUGGUUUUUUUCCUUUUUGUGAAAAAAACUCUGAAAAACGCUUGGAUUUUUCUGUUCCGAAUCUCGUUUGGCGAGUGUUCAAACGAGGUUUUUUUAAUCGAAUGACCAAUUCAUUUCAUGUUCUUGUUACAUCACUUUGUAGAGGGCACUCAUUGGAAAAAAAAAUUGAAGGUUUUCUUUUGGAUGGGCCUUUAACUGCAAAAGCAGGAAAAAAUUGGAAUGAGGAAGAAAUUUUGACACUGAUUUUUUACAAAAAAAAAACUGUGAAUAGAAAAUCUUUUCAAUUUUUUUUUCCCAAAAUGUUUGAAAAAAAAAAUUAAUCGAAACCAUACUUCUUGGUCAACAGUUUUGUUCAGAAAUUGAAACUUUUUGAUUGAUUUGACGGAAUAGUUCAGGCAAUCAAUAUUAAAAACCUUUCUUUUAAAUUUAUCUAUGAAAUAUGAGAUUUUGGGGUGUAAUUUUCGGUCGUAUAGGAGCUCUGAGCUUUUUAUAAAUCUUGAGGGCACUUCAGAAAGGAUUUUCCAAUAGAAAAUACUUAUCACUACUGAGAUUUUCCUGCUAACGAGUGAGGAAGGUCGUCUCUUUCUUUCUCUCACUUCUUUUUUUCUCCGCCCUACCAUAAUUGUUUUUUCUUCCUUUACUUCAAUAAAAUACCACUAUCUUUUGCGCCAUUUCACGCCGAAAACCCGUUCGGCAGGCGGCCGAACGAUCGUCAAUAACGCACGCAUCUAUUUUUGCAAUCAAUGCCGAUGGAGAUAAACUUUUGACUUUUCCCUUCCUUUCAUUUCAUUUGUCGCGCUGUUCGUCUCCAACUUUUCAUAUUGAACAACUUAUUCUUGAGGUUUUUCGGUUAUUCAUUCAUUCCGUGUUCCGCGAAACGCAAAGUUAUCUCUGACUCUCAAGAAUUUAGUUCCCUUUUUCAAUCCCUGACGGCUUUCUCGAAUUUCGCCGAAUCCCUUUGAAAACGGCUUUACUCAGCGGAAAUUGUACUAGAACUUAUUUGAGUAUAGUUUAUGGAUAUAUUUUUCUCAAUAACCCUCGCUAAAGCUUCCAAAUUCAUUUCCUAACUUCAAAACGGCUUCUCCACUCAAGAAUUUUAUUGAGCUUAUCUUCCUCUUUUAAUUCUCAAUGCACUUUAAGGGAAAAAUUAUUGAAAGUUUGAUCAAAAAAGUUUUUUUUGGGUUUAUUGAAAGUUUCAUUCGAAAAAAAGAAAGAGAAGGAAUAUGAUAAUUUCGCUGUUUUCUCAAUUUUUUAGACAUCUUAGGGCGUAUAUAAAUGAAAUCUUUUUCAGGAAAAAAUAUUAUUCCGUUUUUCGAUUCCAGUUCUCAAAUGUCUUCUUUUUCGCAAUACCUUGUUUAGAUGGUAAAAUUUAGAGUUGAAAUGAAGAUAAGUGGCUGUUUUUUUAAUAUAAAAAAAUUAUUUCGAUGAUGUUUUAUUGAAAAUCUCUUUCCAAUAAAAAUCUUGCUAAUCUUGAAGAGAAAUUAAAUAUCUAAUAUUGUAUCAAGCUAUCAAAUUUUACAUCGUGGUGCUAUUUUCAGUGUUUUUGAUUAAACUGGGAAUUAAAAUGAGCCAAAACAAAGCAGCUUAAAAAAUAAGAGCUUUUAAUGACAUCGAUAUGAAAAAAUGGCCUUUUCGGAUACCACUUGACUGCAGAAAUGAAUAGGAACAUAUAAUUUUAUUGCAGCAUAUUCAAAUUUUUAAUCAUCAAGCUUCAAAAUCGAAUCGACAUAUCCAAAUUCCAGUUCCAAUCGAAGGUCCAUAACUGCGAGAUUGAGAUCUUUGUGUUAUUUCCAGUAGUUUUGACCAAAUCACUAAAUGCUGGAACAAAAACAAAGCAAUCGUUUUUUUCUCGUUGUAAAGCAGGUUUGUUGCAGAGCGGGGUAGUGAUCGGGGAGCAGCCGCCGACGUCGCCGGGCUCGCUGACCACCUGGGGCCGCAUCCGCACGUCUACAGAGCCGCCGUUCGAUGAGCGCACGGCGAGCGAGCCGGACAUGACGCGUCGCGCGACCAGCAACUCCCUCCGACCCAACAGCCUCAUCGCGAACUUCGUCGGCGACACGCGGUUCGUAGACGUCAACGACAACGAGAUCAACGGCGUCCUGACGACGACGGAGACGGCGGCGAUCCGCAAAGAUCGCUGGCGUCGCAGCACCGCCCGCUCGUCCGUCACGGCGACCGCGCGACGGACAUUCGCCGACCUGAACGCGACCAAGAUGGCGCCCGAGCUCGAGUUCCUCGCCUUGCAUCAUGAGGUUCAGUUUUAUUUUUUCUGAAGGUUCUUGUAUUUUCCGUCUUAUUCUUGAAUUGCUUCUCACGUCUUCCUUCAGGAGGCUCUCAUUUUUGAGGGUUUUUCGAUUUUUUGUAGAUCUUUUCCAAAACUUCCUUAUAAAUUUUCGCGAUUAAAGAUAGGAACUACAAGUAUCAGAAAUUUUUUCAGAAGCCAGUUUGUGAGCAUUUCAAAAUUUGGUUGUCAAGUUCAACGAAAAAAACUUUAAAAGUCCUAAAAACUUACUUUGGCCAAUCCCUGUUGAAAUUUACCUUCUAAAAAAACUCCAUUUUACAAUUAAAAAAAAUCGGUUAGUUAUAGUAAUAAUCGCCGAAAAACUGAGUUUUUCAAAACUCAAUUAAUCAUGUGUCAUUUCAAAAACAUAAAAAAAGCUCAAUUCUUGACGAAUAAAAUUAUAAAGUAAUUUUAAAAAAAUUCCCAAUGGUUUGUUUUUCAAAAUUUGUUUGAAUAUUCAAGUUUUGAAAAAAAUCGUCUUUUUAUAUGGAAACAGAGCCGUAGAAAUCGCGGGGCUCCCAGAGAAUUUUUUUCUUCUCAAGAUUUUUAUAUUCAUCAAGAAAAAUUCUUUCCAAAUGAGAUUGAAUGUGUUUUUUGAAACAAGGGAUUGCUCUGGAAAGAACUCGAAUCGAAAUUCGGUCUUCCAGAUGCCAACCCUUUGUGAGUCUUCCUCCGCGUUCUCCCUGUCGGACAUUGGCGGAAUCAAACCGAAGGUCGACCUGGCGACACCCGCCGCGCUCCCCUCGAUCACCUCCCCCGGCGACCUCAAUUUUCCGGACUUUCUUCAGGUAUCUUUUUUCUCCUCGUUUCGGACCAUCUGAUUAAGGAGCGCGUUUUGCCUCACUGAACCUCCCAUUCUGAUUUAUUUCGUGAGAAAUAAAAAAAAGGAGUUCUUCUUCGGAAAAGACUGAGAAAACUGUCCGAUAAUAAAUAUUCCCUCAAGAGACCGUAGAUGUCAUUUACCUAGUAACUGGUCAAGGAAAUCCGCUUCAUUCUUCCUGUUACUCGGGCAAAGUCGGAAUGGUGGAUAAUGGCCGCUAAAAGGGAGAGGCUCAAAAAAGGCCCCAGAAAGGCAGCAAAAAGGCAGCAAAACGCGGCAAAAAGACAGCGAAAGGGAGCAAAGAGACUUUCUUUAUCGAGCCUUCCAUUUUUCUGGGAUUUUAAAGACUCGAGAAAUAGUGGAGAAAGGGAGAGGCAGCAAAAAUUGUGCAUAAGGGCUGAGAAAAUGGAGCAAAAAGGCAGCAAAAAGAGAGCCUUCGUCACCCUAAAAGGAACAUUUCUAUGGUCCUUUAUGGACCCUCGGAGGGUCCUUCCGACUUUGCCUAUGUAAUACAAAUUUCUUGCAUACGGCCUAAGAUUUCAACUUGAUGAAUAGUGUCUCUACUAUUACUACCGGGGCUAGGUGAUAUUUUUCUCCUUAUAAGAAUUGUGAAACCGGAAAAGAAAAAAAUUGGAAAAAUUUUUUUGUUUUUUUAUUCGAAAAAAAUUGGUCUUUUUUUCAUUUUUAAAUCGAUAAAUGAAUCCUAUCUCCGACAUAGUUAAUCAAUUAGGCCUUUCGAAGCUUUUUAAAAGAAAAAAAAUCGAUCAUAUAGGCUGGAAUAGAAUAUUAAAAAAACAUACUAUUCAAAAAUGAAUUACCCGACUUGAAAAAGAAGUGAAGUUUUUUGUUUGAAGGUGAUUUUUAAACGCUGUAAACUCUGAAAAUAUGACCUAAAAAUCAGAUUUUUCAACUAGAAUUCAAGUUUCAAGAUUUUCGAAAAAGUCGCCUUUUCAAAGUGGCAACUUGAAGAUUUUUUGUCUUACUUUUUUAGAUGUGAAAAUUCAAAAAAAAAAAAGACGUCCUUUUUCAGGACGAUUCGCCAGACUCGGGACUUGGAUGCAGCGGCCCAACUCACAUCGAAGAUUGGGCUUCUCUUUCGAUUCUUCUGCCCAAGUAAAUUGUCGAAAAUAAGUACAGAAUUAAAAGUUUCUGCCUUUCAGACACGUCGCAGAAGCUUGUUCGUUCUUCAAAUCCAACUCACAAUUACUGACUUCUUCCAAUAAUUGCAUCGACAGAAGUCGUCGAUCCACAGAAGCUUGUCGGACUUGCUACCGGGUCCGGAGAAGGUGAUUGGAGUAGGAAAUUCAACAAAAUAGACGAAAAAAUGAAGUUUGAUGUGCUUCAAAAGCAUUGAAAAAAACUUGAAACUAAAUGAAAGUUGGAAUCGCAAAAGUCAAACAAAAAACUUGAGCGAAGUUGGAAAUUUUAACUUGAAAAAAAAAAUGGUUUUUUUUUUGAGAACAGGCUGCUGAAUGGUAUUGUGAAGCGUAUAGAUUAAACGUUCGAAUAAGAAAGUUGAAAGCUCAGUUUUUCGGAAAAAAAAAGAAAGGAGAAUUGACCGACGGAAUUGUUGAGAAAAAAAAUUACAAAUUAAAACCAGAAAGAGAAAUGAAUUCAACCUUCGACCUAGUGUAUUACCGCCUUUAACUUGGGAAGACUUUGGUUGAUAACCUUAAAAAUGGUCUGAAAUGUUUGCUACAAACCGAAAUUCCUUUUUGGAAUUCAAUUGGACUCAUUCAACUCAUUCAGGAUACACCCACCUCUCUGGGCGCAGACCAACGCCAGCAGAACAGUCCUCUGCGACUGCGUCGGCGUCUCCGCGUCCGCUUCAGUGUCUCAGACGCCCUCAUCGUGAGUUUUGAGCUCAAUGAUGAUAGUUUCAUUCACUAGAUAUAGUAUGAAGGUGAGUAGAAUGGAAGGCAUUGAUAAAAAAAUCCACAACAGUUUAAAAAUGCUGAUAGAAGGUGAUCUCCUCUGAAACUGAAUCGACAUAUUAAAAUAAGCAAUUUUAACUGUUUUCACAAUUUUUCGAAAUUUUAAAUUCGCCGACAGCCACUCUUUUCAAUUGUGGAACUGAAAAAAAAGUAAACCGAAAUAAGAGUCAAAAUUCAUAGCCGUUUUCUAAUAGCCGCACAUCCCUAAAAUGAAAAUAAGAAUCGCUUCAGAACGGCCCACCCGCGACACUCCCUCCGACCGAAGGAGCUCUCGAUCGUCGGUCUGCCGAUCUACGCCUCGAAAAGGACGUUGGUCGAGCAAGUCGUCGAGGGAGUCGCCGCCUUGUCCCGCGGCGACGGAUGCCACGCCCUUUUGUGGUUGGUCCAUUUUCCAGAAGUUGAGAAUGUAAACGAAGCUUGAUAAACAAGGUGUUACCGUUCAAAAAGAUAGGCGAAUGUUGAUAUACUUGAUAUGAAAGUGGAAUUUGAGAUUUACAUAAAGUUUUUUCCAUUUUUAUAUAAGAAAAACUGAUUUUCCAAAGUAUAGUAAUAGCUUUGAAGUCGCGGCCAGCGGACUAUAUCAGCAAACUGUGAUGAAUGAACUAUUCAACAAAAAUUUGCAGCGCGAUGCGGAAUCUGGUGGAAGACGGCCUGAAAGAAGGCGUCUCCCCCUGGACAAUGAUCAAGACGGUGACGUCACGGGGUCCCGCCACGAAAAACGUGCACGCGAUCGUCAAACAGCUCGACGGCUGCGAACAGUCGGAAAAGUACCGCGUCGACCUCUUCUUCGAGGAGUUGAUCCGCGAGAACUCGCUCGACUGCUGGCUCUGCUACGUCGUCCUCAAGGAGAACGUCCUGAAGAAGCUCUACGACGAGCAGGCGUUCCUGGCUGCGGCCAGCUCCGAGUACCGGACACUUCUGUGGCGGAUGGUUGACAGUCUCUCCCUGCUUCCAGGUGAAUAUAUCCGUGAAGUUUCGGAGAGGGGACUUCCAAAUAUGACUAAUAAAAAUAAUAAUAGUUUGUUCACUGCCAUUCACAAUGAUAAUGUGAAAAUCGAAAGAAAGGGGCAAAUAUGUCUAACCUUCGAUAAUUACCAAGAAAGCUUUUUGGAAUAUCCAAAAAAAAUGCGUUUCUAUCGGAAGAGCUUUUUUCAUGAAAAGUUACAAUAAACUCAAAAAAAUUUUCUACCUAUUUAUGAAAUCCGCGAAACAGCAAAUUUAACGACCUUCAGCUCCAAAGUUCGAAAAUUUUGAAGGAGUCACUAAAGGGUACUCAAUAAUUUUUCGAUUAAAUAUCAUCCAUCCAGAAGUAGUUGAUUCAAACAUAGAAAAAAAUUAUGGUGAUUCUAAAUAUUCAAAGAACGCAGAUAGCCUUUUUUCGGCGACUAUCAGUAGCCUGAAGUUUUUCCUUUUUUCAAAUGAGAAUAAAACUGAAAAAUGAUUUUUGCAGUAUUGGAAGCUCGUGAGAACAGCUCGACGAUCCAGACGAAAUCGAUGCAGAAAUGGGGCGGAGCCUCGCGGAUCGCCUCCGAUUCCCGAGUUCCGAAAAGCUCGUCCGUGCCGGCCCGGCUCUCCAAUCAGCAAUUUCGACCCUCGCGAAUUCCAUUACCCAAGAGGUGAGCAUUUUUUAUGACCCGAACUUGGGGGCUCCAACAGCUCUCGAAGCAAUCCUUUGAGUGUACUUGAUAGUUUUUCAAGGAAAUGUUUCAUCUAAUCAACUUAUAAUAAAUUUCUAAAUUUUCGUUCAUUUUUAUUCGAAUACUUGAAAUUGGUCAGAAUAUUUUAGAAUGUUCCAGAUGUACAGGCUGGAAAUCUCAAAACUUGAAGAAGUGAAACUUUUAACGAAAUCCAUUCAAUUUUCGUUUUUUAAAGAAUUCCAAUGUUUUAAUUUAGUUAUCAAAGAAGAUUUUUUUCAAACUAAAAUGACCAAGUCACUAACUCAACUGAAAAACGUUCAGACAAGCGUUGCCGUCGAGGAGUCGGACUCCUUCAGCCGGACUGGCCAAGUCCUACGUCGCCCUGGUCGUCGAAGACCACGCCGACGACGAAAACUUCGCCCUGACGACCGGCGAGAAAGUGCGCGUUUUCUCGGAACGUGCCGACCUCGUCCGCUGCACCCGCGUCCAUGGCGUCCAUUCCCUGGUGAACACCGGCCUCGUCCCGCGGGCCAAGAUACGAGCCAUUCCCCGAAUCUAG